AACACGGGGACAAUUCCGUUUCAAUUCGGCCGUUGGAGUGAAAAAACCCUAAUUUCCUAGGCAUCGUUCUCGAACUCAAUGAAUCAAAGAUUCAAAAUGGUUGGAAAAAGGGGAAAUUGAAAAUCUGGAAUGACCAUUCCUCUUCUUAUGGCCAUUCUAUACCCACUAAAUUAAAAUAAUAAAACAAAAAAACCAUACACAUUCUUUUCAGACAGAUCUGGCAGGCUCUCUCUGUAUCUCCUCUCUCGCAAUGUGACGUAACUAGGCUAAUAAUGUUAGCGUGCUUUGUAAAGUACCAGGAAUUUCCAGUGAUGGCAAUGAUGAUGGAUGGUGCGUGUCUUAACUCAUACUAUAAGUGUCCAGAGAGUUGUUCUUGCAGAAAAUUUAGGUGUUUUGAGCCCUCAAGACACAGUUGAGAAAGGUUAUUUGGAAAUGGGUUGGACUGGAAAAGAGACUUGUAUAAAAUGUGAUCAAGGUGGCAAGGUGUUGGUUUGUAGUGAAAGGGGCUGUCCUUUAUCUGUUCAUGAGGAGUGCAUGUGCUGUUCAGCUCGAUUUGAUGACCUUGGAAACUUCUAUUGCCCCUAUUGUAUAUUCAAACAUGCAAUACUUGAAUCAUGUAAAGCAAAGAAAAAGGCUAUGUUGGCGAAGAAAGCUUUAUCAGAUUUUCUAGAUAAAGGAAUGAUCGACAGUGAGCAACAAAAGCAAAAAGCUGAGAAUGUUAAGGGUAAAGAGCCAAAAUUAUCAAAUGUCAUGGGAGAGACAGGCCAUUUUGUUCAAACAGGGGAAGAUCAACAACAAGGGAAUUGUGAUCCUGAAUGUACGACAAGCAUUUUGCCUUUUAAAGCAGUUGAGAUAUCAUCAGUGAAAGAACGGAAUAAUGUUGGGCUGCUCAGGAAUGAGGACAAUGCAGGACUAGAUGAUCGUGAUCAGAAUGAGAUAGUGGUUGAACAACAAAUACACCCCGAUUCUAUUAUUGUCUCUGGUAGUGGUGGUAAACAUUGUAGAGAAGACGAGCGGGGACAUCAAUUUAAAAUGGUACAGGCUGAGGUUCAAGCAGAGCAUCAGAGACAAGUUGAUGACAACCAACAUGAGAGAGUAGUUGAAGAUGAACUGCAAGCAGAGCCUUUGUGUACUUCCCCUGUGGAAGAAGACUUGGAUGUUGCUCUUCACAUACCAACCAAAGGGAAACAGAAAAGUGCAGAGAUAUUGGAGAAGAAUGAAGUCAGAACUGUAGAAGAAGAAGAGAUGCAGCCGGGACAUCAAUUUGAAAUGGUACAGGCUGCGGAAAGGUGUCAAGCAGAGCAUCAGAGACGAGCUGAUGACAACCAACAUGAGAGAUUAGUUGAAGAUGAACAGCAAGCAAAGCCUUUAUGUGCUUCCCCAGUGGAAGAAGACUUGGAUGUUGCACUUCACAUACCAACCAAAGGGAAACAGAAAAGUGCAGAGAUAUUGGAGAAGAAUGAAAGCAGAACAGUUGAAGAAGAAGACAUGCAGCCAGGAGAUCAAUUUAAAAUGGUGCAGGCUGCGGAAAGGUUUCAAGCAGAGCAUCAGAGACGAGUUGAUGACAACCAACACAACAGAUUAGUUGAAGAUGAACAGCAAGCAGAGCCUUUAGGUGCUUCCUCAGUGGAAGAAGACUUGGAUGUUCCACUUCACAUACCAACCGAAGGGAAACGGAAACAAGCAGAGAUAUUGGAGAAGAAUGAAGUCAGAACAGUAGAAGAAGAAGUGAUGCAGCCAGGACAUCAAUUUAAAAUGGUACAGGCUGCGGAAAGGUGUCAAGAAGAGCAUCAGAGACGAGUUGAUGACAACCAACGUGAGAGAUUAGUUGAAGAUGAACAGCAAGCAGAGCCUUUAUGUGCUUCCUUAGUGGAAGAAGACUUGGAUGUUGCACUUCACUUACCAACCAAAGGGAAACAGAAAAGUGCAGAGAUAUUGGAUAAGAAUGAAGGCAGAACAGUUGAAGAAGAAGAGAUGCAGCCAGGACAUCAAUUUAAAAUGGUGCAGGCUGUGGAAAGGUUUCAAGCAGAGCAUCAGAGACAAGUUGAUGACAACCAUCAGCGACAAGUUGAUGACAACCAACAUGAGAGAGUAGUUGAAGAUGAACAGCAAGCAGAGCCUUUAAGUGCUUCCCCUGUGGAAGACGACUUGGAUGUUGCACUUCACAUACCAACCAAAGGGAAACGGAAACGUGCUGAGAUUUUGGAGAAGAAUGAAGGCAGAACAGUAGAAGAAGAGAUGCAGGAAAGAGUACAGGACACUAUUGUAUCCUCUAGUGGAAGAAAUCCUGCAUCACAGGUGCGUGUUAAAGCUAAAAAGCGAAGUGUAGUACAUCAUCUUCAGAAUGUUGCUACUCCGAGGAGAUCACAAAGGAAGUUAUCUCAGAAUGUUGCUACUCCGAGGAGAUCAUCAAGGAAGUUAUCUUUUGAACUGGAUAUCACUUCAGAGCAGAAUGAAGAGAAUACUAUAACGAAGAAGCCUAGGCAAUUCCAAAAGCCUACUACACGGCAGAAAAAACCAACUUUUCCUAAAGUGAGGCGUAAGAACCGACCAUGGACAGAAGAGGAGGAAGAAAUGUUGAAGGUUGGAGUGCAAAAAUACUCAACCGAAGUGAAUCAAAAUCUGCCUUGGAGAAAAAUUUUAGAAUUUGGUUGUGAUGUUUUUGAUGGAACUCGUACCCCGGUUGACCUCAAGGAUAAAUGGAGAAACAUGGCCAAAAGAUGCUCAACAAAUCAAUAGAAGGUCACUUUGAUAAUGGACUCAAGAAACGGAAGGUAAACUCUUACCAUGCAAUAAGAAGAUCCAAUUAUCUUUAUUUUUUGAUAAAUAAGAAGAUCCAAAAAUCUGAUUGGUCCUUUCUUCUUGUUGGACCUUCUUUUUUCACAAGUUAUUUUGACAAGUGUUGGAGCUUCUUUCUUGUAAGCAGUUGGAUACUAGGGUAAAGGGUCUGAAAACAAAGCCAGAAUAACAUCUUUUACUAAAUGUACAUAGAGUUGAUCACAAGUAUUUAGUGAUUGGUUAACUUACUCUUUUAACCACAUGAGAUUUUUUGUUUUUGCCUUUUUUCUGU